AUGGGCAAACUAGGUGACUUGUCGCCACAAGGCAGUGUCGCAAUCGGAAUUCUCGUCGGACUUAUCUCAACUAGCUUGCAAGCGAUCGGAUUGACACUCCAGCGCAAGUCCCACCUGCUCGAGGACGAAAAACACCCAUAUGAUGUGCGCCGACCACCAUAUAAGCGCCGCCGAUGGCAACUUGGAAUGGGCAUGUUUGUAAUCUCCAACAUCGUUGGCAGCACAAUUCAAAUUACCACCCUGCCGCUACCGGUUCUUUCUACACUUCAAGCUUCCGGACUGGUGUUUAAUACUAUCUUCGCGACCCUCAUUCUCGGCGAACCCUUCACCCGUUAUUCCUUCGCAGGCACCGGCCUCGUCUGCAUUGGUGCAGUGUUGAUCGCGACCUUCGGCGCCAUUGGAGAACCAGCCCAUAGUUUGAACCAGCUGCUGGUACUACUCCAAGGCAAACCGUUCCUCAUCUGGAUGGGAGCGACAUUACUUGUGGUGGCGACUAUUCUACUGGGUUCAAAGCUACUGAGAUACUUCCUACCAGGGUCGCGGGGGAAACCCGUUGCGGCAGGCCACUCUACAACUCAUUUUCUGCGUCUCCAGAGUCGAAUUAAACUCGCCCGUGGUAUGUGCUAUGGAGCAGUGAGUGGAAUCUUAUCCGCUCACUCGCUACUACUUGCAAAGUCGGCGGUGGAGCUCCUGGUUCGCACCUUGGUCGAUGGUGAGAACCAGUUCAACCGAUGGCAGUCUUGGGUGAUUUUGCUGGCCAUGAUCACUCUAGCAUUGACGCAGCUGUUUUACUUGCAUCGCGGGCUUAAGUUGUGUAGCACAAGUGUGUUGUACCCGUUUGUGUUUUGCAUCUACAACAUUAUCGCCAUUCUCGAUGGUCUUAUUUACUUCCGCCAGGCGUCCCAACUAGCUGGGUUCCAUGCAGGCCUUAUUGCAUUGGGAACUAUCAUCCUGCUGGGUGGUGUACUAUGUCUAUCGUGGCGACUCGAGGAUAUCGAGAGCCAUACUGCUGUCGCAGUUGUAGGACCUACACAGACGGGGCUUGGUCCAGGCCUGGGAGUUGUCGAGGAACACUCUCCGUCGUCAUCAGGGCUGCUGGAUGGUCUGGACGACGAGGAGUCGCAACUAGGAGAACGGGAGCCACUUCUUCCCGGCUUUUCUCGGUCGCGACAGCGUCCUUUCCAUCCACGAGCCCGUGCUCCUAGCCUCCCCCUCCUUCAGACAUUCGACGAACACGAGGCCGCAGAUCUCAACGCGGCUUCUAUAUGGGCCGAACUUGAUGACUCGGACUACGAUAUUGCAACUGCGCAGACGCGCUCAUUUAACGACCGGCCUCGCAGCUCCAGCAGCGGCGCCUUGCAUGCUCCAAAACGCGGCCUUGCCCGCCACUCAACAAUAGGCCCCAUCUCCUACCAACGUGUCCGAGGUUCUCAUCGUGGUCGCCCAUCCCCACAGGAGAGCACCUGGCGACGCUCCUCAAUGCCCUGGGCCAGUCUCAUGGGUUCCCAACGCAAGCGACGCAGCCCACUCUCGCCCACCGUGCAGGGAGCAAACGGAUACGGAACAAUCCCAGAAGGCGGCAUCGAACGCCGCGAGCAAGAAGCUCCAAGCGCUGCGGCCGAUCCAUCAUCGACGUCGAGCCUUCUCGCAGGACCGAGAAGAACCCUGCGAGGCGUGUGGAACCAAGGCCGACAAUUCCUAUCUCGAUGGACGACCCCGCCGGCGGGUGAUUCUGACUCCCACGAACACGACCAUGCUUAUUCAACCCUUCUACCGCGCUCUGAAACACGUCUCCCUUGGGUGAGGGAAGCCCACGAUACUACAACUGAUGAGCUUCAACCUGCCGCGCCGGGGUCGAAAGGGGCCUCAACAUCAUCUCUUUGA